AUGAAUAUCACAGUUACCAAUGAGAUGACAGAAGAGGUCUUAGGCCCAUUCGAGCUAAGCAAUGAUAUGAAAUUAAUGGACCUGUUUGCAUUGCUCGAUUUCCGGGAGGAAAAACAAGCUUUAUGGCAUAACAGAAAAGAACUAACUUCUAGUGAUAAUGAGAAAACUUUGGAAGAGUUAGGCUUUGCCGAUAAUGAUCUGCUAAUAUUGCGCAGGAAGACAAUGUCCAAUCAAUUCCAAGGCCUAACUAAUGAUCUGUCCGACGACGAGUUUGUUGAAAUGAUGAGGAACUCUCUACAACAUAACCCUUCAUUGAGGUCUAACAUGUCAAUUUCAGGAGUUGAACAUAUAAUAAAUGAUAGACAGAUGUUCAAGGAGCUUUUGGGGCCGAUGUUACUUCGUAGGCGUGCACAAUUCCAAGGUCAAAAUCCCUUUAGUACUUCAUCAUAUGAUUACGACUCCCUUGUAAGUAAUCCUAGUAUACCUCAGAAUCAAAUGAAUGAGAUAUUAAACCAAAGAGAGAUUGACGAACAACUCAGAAGUGCAAUGGAGUAUACUCCGGAAGUCUUUACAUCUGUUCACAUGUUGUAUAUAAAUUUAGAAAUCAACGGGCAUCCUGUAAAAGCGUUUGUAGAUUCUGGUGCGCAAACUACCAUAAUGUCUACUGCUCUUGCAGAAAUAACGGAUUUGACAAAAUAUAUCGAUAAGCGAUUCCGCGGUAUUGCUAUGGGUGUAGGGAAAGGAGAAAUAGUAGGGAAGAUACAUACUGCUCAGAUCAAGAUCGAAUCGCAGUAUCUCCCUUGCAGCUUUACUGUUCUAGAAACUAGCGUCCAGAUGCUUUUAGGCUUGGACAUGUUAAAGCGAUACCAAGCAUGCAUUGAUUUGAAGCACAACGUACUUAAAAUUGCGAAUGUUGAGACCCCAUUUUUACCUGAACAUCAAAUACCUGCCGAAAUUGAAGCCAGUGCGAAUAGUAUAAAUCCUCAAUCAUCGAUUGCUGCAGACGCCGAACAAAAUGAGUUUGAUAAAACCGCAUCCAAAACACAACAUGUACCUGUUACUCUGCCAAAUGCUAAAAGUGGAAAACAUUAUCCAGAUACUGUUAUUAAGCAGUUAAUGGACUUAGGGUUCUCCAGGAGUGAGGUAGUUAAGGCUUUAGAUCAAACUGGAGGUAAUCCGGAUUACGCUGCAGCCUUUCUUUUCCAGUAA